GACGAUUUACACUUAACACCGCCAUGAAAACACAAUGAGGCUGUGCGUCGUUAAAGGCGAAGCCCCGUGUGUUGUUUAAUGGCCAUGUGGAGAGAAUAUUUCCCACCUUAAUCAUUCAGAACGGAUGAUAGCGGGCUGCAGUCUUCCAUUCGUCCAUUUAAUGUGUUUAGUGUUGAAACGAAGUCAUGAGCGACGAAGACGACCCGGGUACAGUGACAGUGUUUUCUGGACGAGGACAUGAAAUCCCGGAGUUAUGGUUGAAUAAAUUCGAGACUUGCGCCAGUCUAAAGACGUGGUGUGUUAGUGACUCAGUCCUUCAGUUUCGACAACGUUUGGCAGGGAGAGCUGCAGUAUGGUAUCUGUCUCUUGGCACGUCACAGACUGAAACCUUUGAAACAUUGAAACAAGCGUUUCGAUGCCACUUCUUUAGAGCUGAGAUAGAUCCGUAUCGUUUACGGUUAGAUCUUGAAGCCAGGCAACAGGAACCGGACGAAUCUGUGGAAAGCUAUCUCCAUCACAAGAUGGUAUUUUUGUAUCAGUCCAAUAAGCUGGAUCCGGAAUCCUCAGAGGCUAUAGACCUAAUAUAUAAUGGAUUCCACCCCGGACUUCAAGAACGCUUGUGUCGAGAUAAUAUCAGCACUUUACAGGACCUACAAAUAUGUGCAAGGAAAAAGUAUGCGGAACUUUUCAAACCUUGUGGCAGAGUAGUAAGAAGAAGAAACCAUCGGACAAAUUCAUUUGAAGGAGACAACGUCGUGACUGGCGUGACGGGCGGGAACAUACACACUGCCAACACCGCCGGUAGUGUCCGGGGCGGCAUGGGAAACACCAACGUCAUCUACAUGUACGUCUACCAAGUGAUGUCUGAAGAUGUGGCAACACUGCUCUGCUCUUGUAUUGGAAGUAUUGGAACGGAUGAAGAAACGGAUGAACCAGGCAAUAGAAACCCUACAUCUACAAUCGACUCCGAGGGUAAGGAGCGGCUUGUGGACGCCCUGUUAGAAUCUCUCAGUGAUGGGUCCUCUAACAUCGUGAUCCGUAAGGGUGGUACCAAUGAACAGGGUGAUCGGCCUCACGGUGGUGACUUAAAAGACGCUUCCAUCAAUGAUUCAUUCAAUGCUGAUGCUGAUCAUGUCGACGAAGACCUACCAUUCCGCUUUGAAGAUGAAAAUUCAUAUCCCAAGUUCACGGCCGAGCUUAACCGGUGUGUUAAAGACAUCCACAGUUUGCUGUCCAGCACCAAGGAAGAUGAAGAGAAAAAUGCACCGAUUGAUGACACUUCUGAUACAGAUAAAAGGUCAGAAUCGGAUACGAGAAGGAGAACGGAUCCAGUAUCGGUGCCGGACGACCAGGCUCCUCGGUGCAUGCAGUGUUACGUCAAGUUUACUGUUUUUAAACGAAAACACCACUGUCGAAAAUGCGGUUUCGUUGUGUGCAAGACGUGCUUAACAACAGAAAAUUCGGAGAAGGUAUGUAAGGCUUGCUACACGGAACCGUCAACUGAAUACUUGAGAAUUGUCUGAAUACAGACCGAAGUCAACAGACAUAUCGGAAGGACAAGAUAUUGUGUCGCGUAUCCAGAUCUUUCCAAGAACUAUCCACUAUCAGAUUAGGUCAAAGUGAUCAUGAUACAAGAUAUCCUGACAAUGCCCGACAAAAAGGCACAGAAGUUUUGUGACUGACACUCUUUGUAAAUCCUGCUGACCUCGACCUUUAAUCUCCGGCACACACAAAGCGGCAAAGCAAAUAUUGCAGUAAUGUAUAAUGCUAAAGGUAUACCAUUCUUGUAAUACAUCCUUAAUUGUU